GACCAAACCAGUGCAUCGGCCAGUGUUUUGAGGCAGACAGACAGACAGUGUUGUUAUAGUGUGGUCGUGGCGGCAUUAACACGAUGAAACUGAUCACACUCAUAACACUCCUGGCUCUGGUGGUGGCAGUGACGGCCAGGACCGAUGAGAAGAGACGGGCACAGAGCAUGUACAGAAUGACGGAUCCACCGCGAUUGGGGGGCGUCAAAGGUGGCCCCACGACCCACCGCCCCCUAAGAAAAGGGGAGUACGUAUGCGGCACCAGGAUCUGCAAGCUUCGCCCGGGGGAGAUACCCAAGGGCUGCGAGGGGGGAGAAUGCCAGUACAACAUCGGACAUCAUUUCCGUAGAAAAUAAAUGAACGAAUUAAUAUUUAUUUCCGCUUAGGGACCGGCUCCAUUGUUCCGUCAUCCGUCUCCGUCAUCCUUGCGUUGACGCAGAGGUUUUAUGUUGUUUCGACGCAGAUCAAUCACAAAUGUUGUAAAAUAUCGGAGCACAACGGAGCAAUUGGGCCUUAGCCCUUGCCUCUUACCAACAAGUUUAUUUGUUAGACAAAUUAAAAAAAAAA